AGGGGGGAAAACGCUUUGUCAAACAAUACUUACAAAAGCAGUAGGUACAAUGUGACUUCCCAGAGGCCCCCAGUGUCUCAAGCUGCAUGCAAGAGAGGGUUCUUCCAGGCUCAGGCACCCACCCUUCCCGAAAAGGAAAUACGCUUUCAACCGAAUCGGAAACACACCACUCAAGCUGGCACCGCGCUCCCCAGAUAAAGUCGGUAUUUUAAGCUCUGUGGGCCACUGCUAACACAAGUGCGAAUUCAUAAACGGGAUUUCGACAGAGGCUUGCGGAAUUGUUUUUGUUGUUACUAUUGAUUGAAAAGGUCGGGAGAGAGCGCUUUUGCCCUUCAGUUUGGUUCCGAUGACCACAGUCUCCUGAUCCGGCUUCUCCCUUCUGCUCCUCCCCCGCAGCAACCCAGGAAUGAUGCAAGCAGAGAGCAGCUACAAAUCUAGGCAAAAUUCUUUCACCUACGAUGUUAAGCGAGAUGUGUACAAUGAGGAGAACUUUCAACAGGAGCACAGGAGAAGGGCCCCAUCCUCUGGGAAUGUGGACAUCGACAUCACUACCUUCAAACACCAUGUCCAGUGCCACUGCUCAUGGCACAAGUUCCUAAGAUGCAUGCUUACCGUCUUUCCCUUCCUGGAAUGGAUGUGUUUGUAUCGAUUCAAGGACUGGCUUCUUGGAGACUUACUUGCUGGUAUAAGCGUUGGCCUUGUGCAAGUUCCCCAAGGACUGACACUUAGCUUGCUUACAAGGCAACUGAUUCCUUCUCUCAAUGUCACUUAUGGAGCCUUCUGUUCUUCGGUAAUUUAUGUAAUUUUUGGAUCAUGUCAUCAAAUGUCCAUUGGUCCCUUUCUCCUUGUGAGUGCUCUGAUGAUAGACGUCCUGAGUGAGGCACCAUUCAACAAUGGUAACCUGAUCAUGGGAACGUUCAUCAAGGAUGAUUUUUCUUCCUCUUCCUUCUUUAUCAACUAUAACUCAUCCUUAAGUGUUGUUGCAACCACCACCUUUCUGACUGGGAUUAUUCAGCUGGGCAUGGGCUUGCUGGGCAUGGGCUUCAUGGCCACCUACCUUCCAGAGGCCACCAUCAAUGCUUACCUGGCUGCCGUGGCGCUGCACAUCAUGGUGUCCCAGCUCACCUGCAUCUUCGGGAUUAUGAUUAGCUUCCAUUCGGGUCCCAUCUCCUUCUUCUAUAACAUAGUUAACUACUGUAUAGGUCUACCCAAAGCGAAUUCUACCAGCAUUCUACUUUUCCUAACUGCUGUUGUUGCUCUGAGAAUCAACAAGUGUAUCAGGAUUUCCUUCAACCGGUACCCCAUCGAGUUUCCCAUGGAAUUAUUUCUGAUUCUUGCCUUCACUGUACUUUCAAGCAAGAUAACCAUGGCCACAGAAACCAGCAGGACCCUCAUUGAGAUGAUCCCUUUCAGCUUCAUCCCUCCUGUAACACCAGACUUCAGCAUUCUUUCCAAAAUUAUCUUCCAAGCCAUCUCCUUAUCUUUGGUGAGCGCCUUUCUGCUCAUAUUUACCGGUAAGAAGAUUGCCAACCUCCAUAACUACAAAGUCAAUUCCAACCAGGACUUGAUAGCCAUCGGCCUUUGCAAUGUGGUCAGUUCCUUUUUCAAAUCUUGUGUGUUUACUGGUGCUCUUGCCAGGACUAUUAUCCAAGACAAAUCUGGAGGAAGACAACAGUUUGCAUCUCUGGUAGGCGCAGGUGUGAUGCUGCUGCUCAUGGUGAAGGUGGGAAGCUUUUUCUACGAACUGCCCAAUGCUGUGCUGGCUGGUAUUAUCCUGAGCAACGUCUUGCCCUACCUUGAAACCAUUUACAACCUACCCAGUCUGUGGAGGCAGGACCAGUAUGACUGUGUUAUUUGGAUGGUAACAUUCUCAGCUGCGAUUUUCCUGGGACUGGACAUUGGACUCUUUGUCUCCCUGAUAUUCACCUUCUUCAUCAUCACGGUUCGUUCACACAGAACUAAGAUUCUCCUCCUGGGUCAGAUUCCUGACACCAACAUUUACAGAAGCUCCAAUGACUAUAGAGAGGUUAUACUCAUCCCUGGUAUAAAAAUUUUCCAGUUCUGUAACUCCAUCACAUAUGUAAAUGUAUACCACAUAAAACAAAAGCUGUUGAAUGAGCUCGAUUUGGUAAGGGUGCCUCUUAAGGAAGAAGAGAUCUUCAUGCUGUUUAAUGAAAGUGAUUCUGGCACCAAUCUACAUGACAACCAUCUUUGCAAAUGCUUCUGUGACUGUGAAGAACUUCAGCCACCACCCAGGAUCCUCUACUUAGAACGAUUUGAAAAUAAACUGGGCUCUGACGCAUCAUCCGUUAACCUAGUCCGCUGCUCCUAUUUCGAGAGCAUGAAUACGAGCGAAAGUUCUUCUGAAGACCAAGUGCCCUACACAAUAUCUUCUACAUCUCAGAGAUAUCCAGAGCAAAACUAUGAGGAGGUGGACAAACCCUGGCUUUCUUCAUACUCAAGACAAAACUCAAUACCACUGCCCGACAGUAACAGUGAAAGUGUGGAGAGGAGUAAAUCCAUCAUCCCGUACUCAGAAUCCUCCUUUCAGCCUGGCACCCACACCAUCAUCCUGGACUUCUCCAUGGUGCAUUAUGUGGAUUCUCGGGCUUCCAUUGUCUUAAGACAGAUGUGCAAUGCUUUCCGAAACGCCAGCAUCUUGGUGCUCAUUGCAGGAUGUCACUCUUCUGUGAUCAGGGCAUUUGAGAGGAAUGAUUUCUUUGAUGACGGCAUCACCAAAGCCCAGUUCUUCCUCAGCCUCCAUGAUGCAGUUCUGUCUGCCGUGACAAGGAAGUUGAUGGAGUCCGAAUUAAGUAUAGAUGAAUCUGAGAUGGUGAUACAAGAAACCUACUCAGAAUCAGACAAGAAUGACAAAUCAAGAUAUAAAAUGAGUGGUAGUAGUCUUCCAGAAGUCCCCAGAAGUGGAACCUACGACUUCACCAAGCCCCAGGAGCCAAUAGACGAGGAGUUUGAUUUGGAUUUGGAGCCCAUCUCGGAGUCAGAUACGAACAGGCUGGAACUCACUUUAGACAUGGAUCAAGAACUUGAGUCAGAGGUACCUGAAUCAGAGAUGGAGGCUGACACAGAACCUGAGACCCAGGCGGAGCUUGAGCCAGAGCUGCAGCAGGAACCCCAGCCGGAAGAUGUCUAUCUGGACUUGCUGAGAGAGAGGAGGCCCGACCCCAAAUCCAAACCCAAGUCGCCCAUUUACUCUCAGUGGCAGUACUGGUCUGACUAUCAGCCUGCAGGCCCCAGGUCCUCUUCUCAGAUAAAACCUCGGACACAACCUGUGGACAGGAAACAACAAAACACAGGCUUUCACUCCUGAGAGAGCACUGACAGCGAGGAUGCCUGGGAGGUGAACCGGGAAUAAGGGCUCAGAAAACCUGGGCAAGCCCUUCCCGUCCAGAAAGGGUCACUUGUCGGAGACCUCAGCCCGGUAUGACCCAGCCCCGCUCACUUUGUGACUCCAUGCUGGGUCCGCACUCCUGGACCACAUUAGUAAGGGACAACAGUCAUCUCUAGGUUCCCUACCUCCUCUCGCCUCUGCAGAUAUUCCCACGGAGUUUCUUCUGCAUACGUUCCACAGCCGUGGGUUGGUGCCAGAACAUCUCUGCCUCACUUGUAACUUUCAUUUCUGUCCCCUUUUCUCCAGAG